UUAUUUAGAAAUGAUAGACAACAUGUGGGCAACUAAGCCACGCCCACAUCAACCUUUAUUGAUAUUCUCCUCUCUUCUUCUGUGCGGCGUGAAGUUGUUUAGCUCCUGUGCUAACCUGUGCUAACCUGUUUCUGAAUGAUCUACUGCUUAAACACGUUUACAUUCUUUACAGUUGGUCUACAUCCCUGGCUAGUGUGCAAGCUGACCGACAUGCGCUCGUCAAGUGUUCAUAUCCAGCUAAUCUGCAGUUAAGAGUUUGACCAUCAGUCUCCUGUAAACAUAACACGUUAAUUUCUGAGCUUUUCAAAGCUGUCAAGAUGCCUGAUAUCAAAGUUACGCCUUUAGGGGCUGGUCAGGAUGUUGGCCGCAGCUGUAUUUUGGUCUCCAUCGGAGGCAAAAACAUCAUGCUUGACUGUGGCAUGCAUAUGGGCUAUAACGACGAUAGACGUUUCCCAGAUUUUAGUUACGUUACACAAAACAGUCGCCUCACUGAGUUCCUGGACUGUGUUAUUAUAAGUCAUUUCCAUCUGGAUCACUGCGGUGCUCUUCCCUACAUGAGCGAGAUGGUGGGUUACGACGGGCCCAUCUACAUGACCCACCCCACCAAAGCCAUCUGCCCCAUCCUGCUGGAGGACUUCCGAAAGAUCACAGUAGACAAAAAGGGAGAGACCAACUUCUUCACUUCACAGAUGAUCAAAGACUGCAUGAAGAAAGUUGUGCCACUCAACCUCCACCAAACAGUUCAGGUAGACGAAGAGCUCGAGAUCAAAGCGUACUAUGCAGGUCAUGUGCUGGGAGCUGCCAUGUUUCAAAUCAAAGUCGGCUCGGAGUCUGUCGUCUAUACAGGUGAUUACAACAUGACACCAGACAGACAUUUGGGAGCUGCUUGGAUUGACAAAUGCCGGCCAGAUCUUCUGAUAUCAGAGUCCACGUACGCCACCACGAUCAGAGACUCCAAACGCUGCAGGGAAAGAGAUUUCCUGAAGAAGGUUCAUGAAACCGUAGAAAGAGGAGGGAAGGUCUUGAUUCCAGUGUUUGCUCUGGGAAGAGCACAGGAACUCUGUAUUCUGUUGGAAACAUUCUGGGAGAGAAUGAAUCUGAAAGCCCCCAUUUACUUCUCCACCGGGUUGACGGAGAAAGCCAAUCACUACUACAAGCUCUUCAUCACCUGGACCAAUCAGAAGAUCCGCAAGACCUUCGUACAAAGAAACAUGUUUGAGUUCAAGCACAUCAAAGCCUUUGAUCGCUCAUAUGCUGAUAACCCUGGACCAAUGGUUGUGUUUGCCACCCCUGGAAUGUUGCACGCUGGCCAGUCUUUACAGAUAUUCAAGAAAUGGGCCGGCAAUGAAAAGAAUAUGCUGAUCAUGCCAGGGUACUGUGUGCAAGGCACUGUGGGACACAAGAUCUUGAAUGGACAGAAAAAACUGGAGAUGGAGGGAAGAGCAACGUUGGAUGUGAAGCUACAGGUGGAGUACAUGUCCUUCAGCGCUCACGCUGACGCCAAAGGCAUCAUGCAGUUGAUCCGCAUGGCAGAACCCAGGAACAUGCUGCUGGUGCACGGAGAGGCCAAGAAAAUGGAGUUCCUCAAAGACAAGAUCGAGCAAGAAUUUAGUAUCAGCUGCUAUAUGCCGGCCAACGGAGAGACGACAACCAUAGUGACGAACCCCAGCGUCCCUGUAGACAUCUCUCUCAACCUGCUGAAGAGGGAGAUGGCUCUCGGAGGUCCAUUGCCUGAUGCUAAAAGACCUCGCACCAUGCAUGGGACAUUAAUAAUGAAGGACAAUAGUCUGCGGCUGGUUUCUCCAGAACAGGCUCUCAAAGAGCUGGGCCUCAGUGAACACCAGCUGCGCUUCACCUGCCGUGUGCAGCUCCACGACCCCCACAGCGACACAGACACACUCGGCCGCAUCUACACACACCUCAAGAGUGUAUUGAAAAGUUACAGCAUCCAGCACGUCCCAGACGGCACCGUCAUCGUGGAAUCCAUCGUUAUUAAAGUGACUUCCUCAGCCGAGGAGCCCAACCUCAAAGUCAUUCUGCUCUCAUGGAGCUACCAGGAUGAAGAAUUGGGCAGUUUCUUGUCUACGUUGCUGAAGAAUGGUCUGCCUUCGUGACUGUGGUGACACUGAUUUGAUGUUUGUCUUUGGUUAAAAAAAAAUAACAAUAAAGUUUUUUUUUUUUUUUUUAGUAAACUUGAUCGAGAAGGCUGUCAUUUGUGAAAACAUUUGUUUCUUAGCUUUAGAUAAAAGUUCAACAUAAAAAAAAGUGGUCAGUAUUCAGAAUUU